AAACCGUCAGUCGCUCUUCAUCCGUGGCGAUGAAUGAACGUGCUUGCGGGAUAUUUUCUCUUGCGAUCUCAUAAUUAUCAGUGACUUGGAUUUAGUGAUUAUGAGUGCAGUGUUGUGAUCUGUUUGUUUGUUUUAGUCAUCGUUAUCAGAUUUUAAACGGGGCCCUAACAACGUUAACCCGAGUUCCACCCUGUGCAGAUUACAUGACACGCCAAUAACUCAAUGCUAUCUGUCAAAAUAAAGAUGUCAUUAUCCAGUGUGAGAUAACCAUUGAUAAAACAAAAUGGCGCACGAGAAGGGAUGGAGCGAAUAUUUUUUAAACAACUCCCAUUCGAAUUACAAAAUCGAAGAUGGCGCGGAUUUCGAUGACAAGUCAAAUUAUAAUUACUUCGAUAAUCAAACAUUGGAUUUAGAAUAUCCUGAGUCGAAUUUCUCGACGGACGACUAUUGCUCAUCCAAUUAUUCACACGUAUACCUGAACGUUACCUGCCAAUUUCCUGUUAACUAUGCGGAGCCUAUGUACGGGUACAUUGCACCGUUUCUACUAGCAACAACAACGGUAGCAAAUACACUAAUAGUAGUAGUAUUGUCCCGUCGGCACAUGAGAACACCAACGAACGUGGUCCUGAUGGCCAUGGCCCUGUGUGACAUGUUCACAAUGCUGUUCCCGGCUCCAUGGUUAUUCUAUAUGUACACAUUUGGAAACCACUACAAACCACUUAGUCCCGUACAGGCGUGCCAAGCUUGGACUUAUAUGAACGACGUAAUACCAGCAAUGUUUCACACUGCAAGUAUAUGGCUGACGUUGGCAUUGGCUGUCCAGAGAUAUAUCUAUGUAUGUCACGUUGCAAGAACUUGGUGCACAAUGCCGCGUGUGAAGAAAUGCCUCAUAUACAUCGGUGUUGCAGCUUUUCUUCACCAGUUCCCUCGCUUCUUCGAGAAGGAGUACCUACCCCACUUCACUGUAUGGAGGGGGCAUAGAGAGGAAGUUUGUAGAGGAAAGCUGGCGCCUUGGCUGUACAAAAUAUCUGUAGAUGGCUACUUCACGGCGUAUUUCACCUUCCGAGUACUCUUCGUCCAUUUGAUUCCCUGUACGUCCCUUGUCGUUCUUAACGUGCUUCUAUUCAGAGCUAUGAGAACAGCUCAAGUCAAUAGACAGAAAUUAUUCAAAGAAAGUCGGAAAACCGAAUGCAAAAGACUUAGCGACUCCAACUGUACCACACUUAUGCUUAUCGUGGUUGUAACUGUGUUUCUUCUAGUUGAAAUUCCUGUAGCUGUGGUCACAAUCCUUCACAUUAUAUCUAGCACCUUAGUCGAAAUUCUGGACUACGACAUAGCGAAUAAAUUAAUAUUGGUAACAAAUUUCUGUAUUAUUCUUUCUUAUCCGAUAAAUUUCGCCAUUUAUUGCGGUAUGUCUCGACAAUUUAGAGAGACGUUUAAGGAAUUGUUCAUAAGAGGCGCGGUUACAAGCCGAAAUGGCGGUUCGAGUCGGUAUUCUCUUGUCAAUGGUCCUAGAACGUGUACAAACGAAACAGUACUCUAAAAUGUCAAUUGUCAAACAUGACCUAACUGUUUACCGUAUCUGUCGUAUAAGCUGUAGAAACAUGUAAAUAUUGUCUAUUACUAUUAGACAUAUCAGAUGUUUAUUUAGUGUCGUUUUAAAUGUUGGUAUUUGUAAAAAGAUUUAUAACAAAAGAAUACUUCAUCGCUUCAUAAUUACCCGAUCGCUAUAAUUGUGUCUAACUGUUAUGUUUUGUUAUAGAUCGGCUGAUUAUAAAGCGUAGUUAAUGUUGAGCCCACAUUAAGAAGUGUUGUUUUGUGCGGUUAAUUGUAAGGUUAAAUUUGCUUAGUUAGGUAUUGUGAAUAAACACUGCAAAUAUUUAUAAAAAUUAUUUUCGUGUAGUCACUGUAUGCUUUUGUAUUAAUGUAACGUAAAAUGGUGGUAAACAUUUCUUUGUAU